UGUCCAACAUAUCCCUUUGCGUCUCUAAAUGGACCAUCCAGAGAUGAUCUUUUGGACUUGAAGACCUAAGAGAUGCACACCUCCGGAGGGGUCACACUUUGGCCGCGAACGAGACCUGUUGUGGCGCACACGCAGCAGAUGUUCCCAUUGGAUUCUUUUCACUCCACUUCCAUACAGGCCCGGCUGGCCCAGAUCACCUCCACGUGGAUGGAUCCCACUGUGGGAGAUGUGCACAUGGAAUACAAAGCCCCCUGAAGAAGGAGUCUCUCCCCUCGGACAACUGUGCGGUGACUCGGUUCAGACGCCGCAGACAGACAGACCCAGACCCGUUUGUUUUUGUAAGGUUGUUUUGUUGUUGCUCCAAUCAGGAUUGAUCUGUGAGGUGAGCCAAAAAGGGUUUAGGACAGGGCGGGGGGUGGGUUUAGCAUCGCCGGCUGUUGCGCCCAGCUGCUCCGUGGGGCUGGGCAGCGAUGGCAGCCGGUCGCCCGCAGGAACAGGACCACCCGCCCGACAAUGGCUUCACCCCACUGGAUCUCCCGGCGCCCAGGCUGCUGCCGCACAUCGACGGCUCGGUUCUGCCGUCCCUCGGAGGGUUCGGGAGGCACCAGAAGCAGCUCGUCGUCCUGACCUGGAUACCGGCAUUGUUCAUAGGCUUUAGCCAGUUCUCGGAUUAUUUUCUCCUGGCACAGCCCAAUGGCACGUGUUUGCAACCUUUGGCGAACGACACCCAAUGGACCGUGGAAUCCUAUUCGGUCACCCCGCCGCUUCAACUCAAAGUCAACGGCACCGGGGAUGGAUACGGCGACGGCAGCGGUCUGCUGUGCGCCUGCGAGGAGAGGACAUUGGAGCUGCACACGGGACUCGGUCAGAAUGUGGUUACCAAGUGGAACUUGGUGUGUGAUUCAGCCUGGAAGGUCCAUAUUGCCAAAUUUUCUCUGCUGGUGGGCUCCAUAUUUGGCUACCUAGUGAUGGGUGUCAUGGCCGACUGGUUCGGUCGACACCCAGUGUUGAUUCUCUCUGUGCUCUUCAUGCUGGUGUUUGGUUUGAGUGUUGCCUUCUCUAUAAAUGUCACCAUGUUCAGCACCUUGCGCUUCUUUGAGGGUUUCUGCUUGGCGGGCCUCGCUCUCUCUCUCUACGUGCUCAGGGUUGAGCUUUGCUUGCCUGCCUGGCGUUUCUCCAUGACCAUGGUGGCCAGUUUCCUGAUGGUCGCAGGGCAGCUACUGAUGCCAGGGUUGGCUGCUUUGUGCCGCAAUUGGCCAGACCGAGAUGAUUGGCAGGUCCUUCAGAUUGUAAUAAUAAGCCCUUUCGUAUUGAUGCUGCCCUACGUGUGGAUUUUUCCUGAAUCAUUGCGCUGGCUUUUGACCACCCAGCACUACAGACGUUCAAAAGCUAUGAUGCUACACAUUGCAAGAAAGAACCAAGUUGACAUAACGACUGAACCUAGCAGAGUUUUUUCAGAGCUGGAGCAGGAAAUGCACAAGAAACCACAAAGAACCUGCAUAGUGAAGAUGAUGAGCACCAGGAACCUGUGGAAAAACAUUGUGGUGCUGUGUGUCAACUCGCUAACAGGCUAUGGGAUACACCACUGCUUCGCUCGCAGUAUGAUGGAUCCGGAGGCCCAGCCCACUGCUUUGUGCCACACAGACUACUACACCAUGGCUGGCAUCGCUGUGGCAACAUGCAUGACACUGUGCCCCAUGGUCGGACUCAUGGGUCGACGUGGAGGGCUUCUUACCUUCAUGAUCAUCACAGCCCUUGCAUCACUACUGCAGUUGGGCUUGCUCAAUCUGAUCGGAAAGUACAGUCUUCGGCAUGACACAGUUCUGCGAGACAGUCUAAAGAGGAAAUUCUCUGUGGCCUUCUCCAUCAUUGGCAUGUUCUCUUCUCAUGCUGUCAGCACCCUUAGCAUUUUCUUUUGUGCUGAAAUCACACCAACAGUCAUCAGGGGUGGCGGUCUCGGCCUGGUCUUGGCCAGCGCUGGCUUCGGCAUGCUUACUGCGCCCAUCAUGGAGCUUCACAACCAGAAGGGCUACUUCCUGCAUCAUGUGAUCUUCGCUUGCUGCACACUGCUGUGCAUCAUCUGCCUGCUGCUGCUCCCCGAGCCACGGGGUCAGCCACUGCCCGAGACGCUGGUCGAUGGAGAGACGUUCACCCGUCAAACAUUGCUCCAUCCGGGCGAGCAGCACCUUCUUCUCGCCAAGAGUGACAGGGACUACUCCCGCGUCCACGACACGCCGCUUCACCUGUCCGCCACGGGUGGCGCUACGGUAGCAGCGGCCACUGCUCUGGCAGCGGUACCUGCCUCGUACACCUUGGCGACCGGUGGGGAAGUGAUUUGCAACAAUGCAAUGGCCAAUGGGGUUUGAGCACAACUGCAAUUAGUUGCUCAGCAAUUGACUGGAAGGCCAUUUGAACUUGCGAUUUACUCUUAACUAUUUUGAAGGGAACAGCUAUUUGUUAUGAACCAGACGAUCUGAAACAAAGUGAGGUUGGAAUGUUGCUGAAGGUUAAGUUGUAGUCAAAUUAUGAAUUCAAGAAUUGCCCAAAUAUUUUGCCUGACAUUAGUUUAUCAGAGGUCUCCUGUAGUGCACUGCCUGCGACUCUUUUCGGAGUCUUCUCCAGGUAAAAGGAGCUAAAACUAAGGCAACUGUUAUUUUUGCACUAGACGUCAAGAGACACAAUCAAGCGGCUUGUGUUUUUCAGCCAACACAUUGCAGAUGAAGGGAUUGGCUCAACAACCACUGUCACUGAUUUGCAUGAACGGGCACAAAGUUUUACAUGUUGUUUUUCUUAUUUGUGGUCCGCAGUGGCACUUUAUCCUCUGAGGGGAAGUCGGCAUCGACUACUAAUUUUUAAAGCAAGCAUUGCAGCUGUUGGUGAAGGUGUAUGACGGUUGUAUGUGCAACCGGAGACCUUGGCGCACCUCACGUGUUAUGAGAGACUGCGGGUAAUGCUAAAUAAACAUGAGAGUUGAAUGGACAGUGAAGUGAUCUUCCACAAGUCUUAUGAUGCGUCUCAACAUUUUACAUUGCUUUAUCAGUCAUUUUGGACAUGUUGUCAUGCUGCCCGAUUUUGUCACUUGCAUUAUUAUGUCCAUAACUAGUAAACAAUCCUCUCCAUGUCUCACUCUGUGUUCUCUGUACUGUGGUAAUGAUGUAAUCCUGCUCCUAUGAUAACGCUAGCCAAGAAGCACAAUUACAAAAAUAAAGAUUAGUGAUUAGAAUAGAGCAGCCUGCCUCGAACAGAGUUGGCUGUUAAGUAUCCCUUAGUACUUAUAAAUAAAAGGUGUGUUAAUGUACCUAUCAAUGCUGAUGUGUUAUACACCCUUUCAACUUAGUUAUUGUAGUAUAUAAGCACAUAAUAUAGUAAAAUCAAAUGUUUUGUCCCACUACUACGGACAGCAUUGUAGGAUCCAGCAUAUUCCUUGUACUUUGGCAUGUAUUGUAUUUCGAACACCCAGUAUGAUUUGAUAGUUCAUGUUUUCAACAGUUUAACUGUAGAAAGGAAAAAAAAAAAAACACACACACAAACCAGCCACCAGAACCGUUUUCUAAGUCUUAUUUUUUAAUGAUGCAUUUGUACAAAAAGCCACGGGCUUACAUGUUUUGAUAAUAAAAUCACUUAAUUGUGUCAAUAAAAGAACA